GAGCGGUUUCGUCCAGUUGCGUUCAACAAGGGCUUGUUGGCAAUGGGCGCUGGCGGGUCGGUCGACGAUGUCCCGCGGAAGCUGCAGAACUUCAUCGCGAUGAAGGCGUACAACCUGCGCCAAGCGUCCGGGAUGAGCAUCACGCAGCAGUUUGCACCGCUCAAGCAGACGCAUCCGACGACCAAGGACGAGGUGCUCGACUUUGACGCGCUCUGCAGCUACCUCCAGAUCCCGAGCGCGCGCCAAGCGAGCCUCCGCGCGCUCUUCCAGCUCCGCGACAAUCACCUCCCGUACGCUGACCUGUUGCGCCUUCUCGAGCAGCCUGCCGCCGCUGCGCCGACGCGGGCGCCAGUGCCGUUGAGUGCACGGCCAGCGCCGCCGCCGGCCACGACGCAGCUCGCUCGCAUCCAUGUGGCUCGGCCGUCGCUCGCCUCCAGCGGCGCGUCGUCGAUUGCGCUCGUGCCCGGUCUCUGGAAGAAGCGCGAGAUUACGAUCCAAGAGCGCAUCGUCGAGUACACCAAGAUCGACGAGCAUGGCGUGCCGCAGAAUCUGAUCGAGAAGGAGAAGCACCAGCACGAGAUCAUCCACAUGGAGUCGACGACGGGCGAGUUUGCCCACCGUGAAGUGACCUACUUUGAGCAAACCGAAGAGCUCAACAACGAAGUCGUGCACCACGACACGGGCAAGGAAGAAUUCGUCCAUCUCAAGUCCAAGGACGACGAGAUCUCGCACUUUGAGUCGAGCAUGCCGCAGCGACCGCCGGAAGCGUGCGAGCAGCCGCCGCCAUCCCCGACGCUCAAGAAAGACCCCAGCGGCAACAACGACCACGAGACCGACGAGCCGUCGCCCCACGACCCACAUCAAACGUAUGAGGAGUCCAACGAAGCUUAAGAUCUGGAUUGUCAUAUAUAUCAACGUCGUCGUCUACUGGGCGGCGUCCUUGAACGCGAUCGCUUUGC